AUGUCUUCCCUUUUCGAUGCCGUGAUUCAGUCCGAGUUGGGCUCAGGGCCUGCUAGCGACAACCUGCGAUCUGAUCACCUACCCAGCUCCCGUCGCUCUGAGAGCAAUGGCCCCAUGAGUGAUAUGCAUGCAUUCGCCGAUGACCAGGUCGUGACUGGUGGAAAUGCGACAAUCAACCGUCUGCGCAACCCAUAUACUGCUACCCCCGCGCAACUGGUCGACGAUGCAGGAGAAAGGGUGAGGGGUGCAUUUGAGACCCUGCUUGAAGAAUACCAAGAAGAGCCUUCAUCGUCCGCACCAAUCUCCUCAGGUGAGGUUCUCAGCACCAGGUACUACAUCGCUCAGAUCAAAGGAAUGGCCAAGUUUGAAUUGUCAACCCUCUACGUUGAUUUCACACACCUCACAAGUUGGAGAGACCCCAUUCUGGCCGAUGCUGUUGCAACUCAGUACUACCGAUUCCUGCCUUUCCUCACUAAGGCGUUGCACAACCUCAUCGCCAAAUAUGCCUCGGAUUACUUCGUCUCCCACCGAUUGAGCUCCAACAGCUCAGUAGACCCCGGCAGCUCAGCAACCGCAGGUAGCAGCACCGACAACCCCGAGCUCGACCGUCACAUCCGCGAGAAGACUCGCCACCAGCAAACCGACAAGCUCUUCGCUCUCGCAUUCUACAACCUUCCCCUAGUUUCUCGACUUCGACAACUUCGCACGAAACAGAUCGGACAAUUGCUGUCUGUCUCUGGAACUGUCACGAGAACCUCCGAAGUCCGUCCCGAGUUGUCGCUAGGAACAUUUAUUUGCGAGGGCUGCAAAACUGUUGUGCCAAAUGUCGAGCAGACGUUCAAAUACACAGAGCCUUCGGAGUGCCCCAACAACAACUGUGGCAACCGUAUCGGUUGGCGUCUUGAUAUCGGCAAGAGUACAUUCAUUGAUUGGCAAAAGGUCAAGCUUCAAGAAUCAUCACAUGAGAUUCCGACCGGUAGCAUGCCUCGUACAAUGGACGUCAUUCUACGUGGUGAGAUGGUUGACCGCGCCAAGGCCGGUGAGCGCUGCAUCUUCACUGGUACUCUGAUCGUUGUUCCCGAUGUCAGUCAACUGGGACUUCCUGGUGUGCGCCCGGAAGCUGUCCGUGACGACAACUCUUUCCGAGGUGGGGACGGCAGCGGUGUCACUGGCCUGAAGGUAUUGGGUGUGCGCGAUUUGUCUUACCGAAUGGCAUUCCUCUCCUGCAUGGUCACCCCUGACACCACCACACCUGGCCAGAAGCCAGAGCAACAGCUCAGUGGCCAAUCCAACAACAUUCUCGCCUCCCUAAACCAGAACCAGGAUGAUGAUGGCGGAGAUGACUCGGCUCAGGAAGCUUUCCUGCAGAGUCUCACCCCGGCCGAAGUCCAGGACCUGAAGCAACUCGUGCACUCCGACUACAUCUACUCUCGCCUCGUUGAUUCUAUUGCCCCCAUGAUUUGGGGCCACAGGCAGAUCAAGAAGGGCUUGCUGCUGCAACUGAUUGGCGGUGUCGGAAAAUCCACCUCCGCAGAGAGCCUGAAGCUGCGUGGUGAUAUCAACAUCUGUAUUGUCGGUGAUCCUUCGACCAGUAAGAGUCAGUUCUUGAAGUACAUCUGCUCUUUGCACCCCCGUGCAGUUUACACCAGUGGUAAAGCUUCUUCUGCGGCUGGUUUGACCGCCUCUGUUGUUAAGGAUGCCGAGACCGGCGAGUUCACCAUCGAAGCCGGAGCUCUGAUGCUUGCAAACGGUGGUGGUAUCUGUGCUAUUGACGAGUUUGACAAGAUGGACAUCGCUGAUCAAGUCGCUAUCCACGAAGCUAUGGAACAGCAGACUAUUUCCAUUGCCAAGGCCGGCAUUCACACUACACUCAAUGCUCGUGCCUCCAUUCUUGCAGCUGCCAACCCUGUGAAUGGCCGCUAUGACCCGAAGCAAACCCUCCGCAACAACCUGAACUUCAGUGCUCCUAUUAUGAGUCGUUUCGAUGUCUUCUUCGUCAUCCGCGAUGACCCCAAGGAGUCCGUUGAUCGCAGUCUGGCAGAGCAUAUUGUCAAUGUGCACAUGAACCGCGACGAGGCCGUUGAGCCCGAGCUGUCCACCGAACAGCUGCAACGCUACAUUCGUUUCGCUCGCACUUUCCGCCCUGUCUUCACCGACGAGGCCAAGGCACUCCUUGUUGAGAAGUACAAGGAGCUGCGUUCCAACGAUGCUCAGGGCGGUGUUGGUCGCUCUUCCUACCGUAUCACUGUUCGUCAGCUCGAGUCUUUGAUUCGUCUGUCUGAGGCCGUGGCCAAAGCCAACUGUGUUGAGGAAAUCAUUCCCCGUUUCGUCAUCGAGGCAUUCGAUCUUCUCCGCCAGAGUAUCGUGACCGUCGAGAAGGACGAUGUCGAGAUUGAUGAGGAUCAGCCCGCCGCCCAAGAGGAGGACGACCAAGAGAUGGCUGAUCAUAAUGAUGCCGACGGUGAUGAUCAAAUGCACGACGAAGACGCACCCCCUGCUCACACCAAGCGCGAAGGAAAUAAGGUCAAGGUCACAUACGACAAGUACCACGGUGUCUUGAACCACCUUGUCAGACGUUUGAUUGAGGAUGAAACGACCGCAGCCGAAGGUGUUGAGCAGGAAGAUCUUAUUCUGUGGUACCUCGAGCAGAUCGAAGGGGAGCUGAACAGCGAAGAGGAUCUUGCUCGUGAACGCAAGCUUGCGAAGAUGGUUUUGAAAACCAUGGUUAAGGAUAACAUUGUGCUCCGAAUUUCCGGAACCGGCCUCACGGAAGGACCUGAAGAUGUCCAGGAAGACAGCAGAAUUCUCUAUGUCCUGCACCCCAACUGCAAUAUCGAUGAUAUGUAG